AUGAUAAUGGAAAGACUCCAUAAAAAAGCACAGCAGAACUUAUGGUCACUUUUCUGGCAUGUUCCAAACCCAAAGUCUGCAUCAACCAUUGCUCAAGAGCUCAGCACCAGCAGAGCUGAAAGAUGCCAUUCCCGGCAGCUGGCAGAGCAAGAGGUAACACCAGCGCUGUUGGUGCGAAGCAGGCCUGUUUGUGUGCUCACAGACCCCGAGGGUGCACAUUCAUCAGAAACUAUUAUAGAUGGGGAAAGAUCUAAACACACCCUCCCUGUUUUCUCUGACAUUAUCACUGGAAACAUGAUUAAAGAUAACAACGAAAUUAUUCCACUAAUGGGCAAGAAAACAAAUCCAUCUGGUAUUCCCCCUUCAAACCAGCCGGAGAAAAAGUCAACUGAAAGCACUCCCACAAAGAAAAGUUCACACUUUUUCCUGGAGAUUGAAGGUUUUGAAAGCAAUGCAACUCCAAACAACACCUCUCCCCCUGUGUUUUCAAAACCAAUGGAUUCAAACAUUCGCCCAUGUGCAUCUGGAAAUGGAGAAGAUAUGGAUUCCCCACAGUCUCUUCAGGAUGAUGCAACUGAGUAUAGCCCAAAUGCAGACACUUGUGGUGCUAACAUAUCCCAAGGACCUGAGCAGACUAGGGCCAGGAAGAAGCUGAAGAGAGACCUGUUUCGGGCAGUGUCUGAGGGGAACCCAGAAGAGCUGCAGCGUCUGCUGGGGGAGCUGAGGGAACGCUCCUCCGCCUGCACCAGCGCUACUGUGCCGGAUUACCUGAUGAAAAAAUUCACAGCUUCAGAUACUGGCAAAACCUGUUUGAUGAAAGCUCUGCUGAACAUCAACCAAAACACCCAUGAGAUAGUGAACAUGCUCCUGUCCUUUGCAGAAGAGAAUGGCAUUUUGGAGAGAUUUAUCAAUGCAGCAUACACAGAAGAGGCAUAUAAAGGCCAGACAGCUCUGAAUAUUGCCAUCGAAAGGAGACAGUAUGAAAUCACUCAGAGCCUGAUAGAAAAAGGAGCUGAUGUCAAUGCUUAUGCCCAGGGGGUUUUCUUUAAUCCCAAGCAUAAGCAUGAAGGCUUUUAUUUUGGUGAAACAGCACUGGCAUUAGCUGCCUGUACCAAUCAACCAGACAUACUGCAGCUAUUAAUGGACAAUACCAGGACUAACAUUACUUCUCAGGAUUCCAGAGGAAACAAUAUCCUCCAUGCACUAGUUACUGUGGCAGAGGACUUUAAAACCCAGAAUGACUUUGUAAUCAGAAUGUAUGACAUGAUUCUGUUGAAAAGCAAAGACAGAAAUUUGGAAACAACAAAGAACAAGGCAGGUCUGACACCCCUGCAACUGGCUGCAAAAACUGGGAAAUUAGAGAUUCUGAAAUACAUCCUGAGCAGAGAGAUAAGAGAUAAGGCAAACAGGAGCCUGUCAAGAAAAUUCACAGACUGGGCUUAUGGUCCUGUUCAGUCUUCUCUUUAUGAUCUGACAGAUUUAGACACCACUUCAGACAAUUCAGUACUGGAAAUUAUUGUCUACAACACAAAUAUUGGUAAUCGUCAUGAAAUGCUGACUUUGGAGCCUCUGAAUUCCCUCCUGAGAAUGAAGUGGAAGAAGUUUGCCCGCCACAUGUUUUUUAUCUCAUGCUGUUUUUAUUUCCUAUACAAUGUGACAUUAACGUUAGUUUCCUACCACAGGCCUAAUGAAAAUGAAGCUCCACCUUAUCCACUGGCUCUAACUCGUGGUGUGGGAUGGCUGCAGUUAUGUGGACAGGUGAUGGUUAUGUUAGGAGCAAUAUUUUUAGCCAUAAAAGAGAGUGUGGCCAUCUUUCUGCUUAGGCCCUCAGACCUGCAGUCAAUUCUCUCUGAUGCAUGGUUCCACUUUGCAUUUUUUAUACAAGCUAUGCUUGUGAUCUUCUCUGUCUUUUUGUACUUGUUUUCCUACAAAGAACACCUCGUGUGUCUUGUUCUGGCAAUGGCCCUAGGAUGGGCUAAUAUGCUCUAUUUCACCAGAGGUUUCCAGUCCAUGGGCAUUUACAGUGUUAUGAUUCAGAAGGUCAUCCUGCAAGAUGUGAUAAAAUUUUUAGUUGUCUAUAUCGUGUUUUUGCUGGGAUUUGGCGUAGCUCUUGCUGCACUGAUUGACACUUGCCAAGAUGGCAGUGACUGCCAUUCCAACAGCAGUCUGGGACCUGUUCUGAUGGAUCUUUUUAAGCUCACCUUAGGACUGGGUGACCUGGAGAUCCAGCAAAAUUCCAAGUACCCUGUACUAUUUCUUCUGCUCCUCAUAACUUAUGUCGUGUUGACUUUUGUUCUUCUCUUGAACAUGCUGAUUGCAUUAAUGGGAGAAACAGUGGAAGACAUUUCUAAAGAGAGUGAGCACAUCUGGAAACUCCAGAGAGCCAGAACUAUUUUGGAGUUUGAAAAAUUCUUACCCAAGUGUUUGAGAAAAAAAUUCCAACUGGGAGAGCGAUGUAAAGUGGCUGAAAAUGACACCAGGGUCUGCUUAAGGAUUAACGAAGUGAAAUGGACCGAGUGGAAAACACACGUUUCAUUUAUCAAUGAAGAUCCAGGGCCAACAGAUCCAAGCAAAGUUCAAGACAAUUCAAGAACUAAUAGCAAAAACACCCUGAAUACGUUUGAAGAAAUGGACGAUUUGCCUGAAACUUCUGUGUAGUUGUGCUGUGUGUGAUGUGUGCUCCCCUUCUGAAGGUUAAAAGCAUCAACAGUGGAUGCUGAGAGCUCUGUUGAUACUUAGAACAGCUGUAAGCAGCUGGAACAUAAACUUUCAGUGACUUGGUCUGAUGACUUUGACCCGUUUAAUCAGGGCAGCUAAGCUGGAAAACAACAAAACAAGGAGGACUGUUUCUCUGGUUCAGUUUUGAUCCUCAUGAAAACCAUUGCUGCCCAAGUUUGUGAGAUGCUCCUCAAACUUGGCUUGACUUUAUACUGGAUAUAAAAGGUCAGAUGUGAGAUAUUUCUUCCUUUUGUGGAAAAUUAAGAUCAUCAUGAUCCCAAUCUGCUGUCUUUUGGAAUCUUAAGUUAUGAGACAAACAUUUUGUACGCUGGGAAAAGUUCUUAUGGUGGAGCAGAGACAGACAUUUCACUUCUGGAGGCCACUAAAUGAAGUAUGGUAUUCUGAAACAACCGUGUCCUGGAUACAUUUGGUGCUUCUGUGUUGACCGUCAGUGUUACUGGAGGCUUGGUCCUGCAAGUUGGAGGCAGCCUCUCCAGAUCUCACCAGCUUUGCCUGAGCUGUGUUGCUGUGUGCAGUCCCCAUUUGCUGUCUUUUAUUUGUUACUCUGUGUGUAUGCCUUCCCAUAAAAUACCAGGGCAGGAACAGAAUUCAUGAUGGAGAAUGUUUCUGAGCCUGUUCAGUCACGAUGUCUUUACCCACUCAGGUUUCCUUGCUGUUGCAUCUUGCUGC